CCCGCGCCGCCUCCCAGUGCCCAGCCCGCGAUUUGGGAAAGGGGUGGAGAGCGCUCGACCAGUGCCCAGCAGCUGCAGGCCGAGGAGCGCUCGCCAGGGAAAGCCAGGUGCUCCUCGCCUCCACCUGUAAUGCAGGCCUAGGAUCCUCAGAAGCCACCCCAAGAGCUUGACCCUUGUCCUACUUACCAAGCCUUUCUCCACCUCCCUGUCUCCAAGAUCCAAGGAGGGGCCUAUGACUGGUUCUCCUGUGAACCAUAGGGCAGCCACACCACCUCCAGGCAUCCAGGCUCAAACCAGAUGUGAAGCUCAAGUGAACUUGUUGGGUGAUGGGGGGAUCUGCAAGCUUCCAGGAAGACUACGUAUCCAGCCGGUGCUCUGGAGCCGGGAGGACGUGCUGCACUGGCUGCGCUGGGCAGAGCAGGAGUACUCUCUGCGGCGCAUUCGCGAGCACAGAUUCGAGAUGAAUGGCCGCGCCCUCUGCAUUCUCACCAAGGAUGACUUCCGACUGAGGGCGCCGGGUUCAGGCGACGUCCUGUACGAGCUGCUCCAGUACAUCAAGACCCAGCGGCGAGCCCUGGUGUGCAGGCCAUUUUUUGGAGGGACCUUCAGGCAGAAGAUGCCUCCUGGACACCACCCCUGCCCCCUGCAAGAGACCAGGCCCUCACAGGUAUCCUUCAGAAGGGAUCCUCUUCAGCAGCCAUCAGAUCUGGGUCUGGUCAGCUCCUGGAACACUAUGGAUACCCCCAGCCUGGUCAGGUGGCCCCUCAGCAAGGAGGACUCCUUCAGCUUAGCUCACUGUGAGGAGCUGGGCUGCAGAACUGAUGGCGUAUGCUCCUUCCCUGCCAUGCCACAGGCCCCCCUGGAUGGCAGGAUUGCAGACUGCAGGCUGCUGUGGGAUUAUGUGUACCAGCUGCUCUCUGAUGCCAGGUACGAGCCAUAUAUCAGGUGGGAAGACAAGAACGCCAAGAUCUUCCGAGUUGUGGAUCCAAACGGGCUCGCCAGGCUCUGGGGAAACCACAAGAACCGGGUGAACAUGACCUACGAGAAGAUGUCUCGUGCACUGCGCCACUACUAUAAGCUGAAUAUCAUCAAAAAGGAACCUGGGCAGAAGCUGCUGUUUAGAUUUCUGAAGACCCCUGGGAAGGUAAUCCAGGACCAGGGUAGCCGACUGAAGCAGCAGGAGAGCCCAGAGCAAGACAGGCUGGACUUCACGGAGACGAUGCUGGCAGUAUCUCCCUGAGGAGCAGGUGGACUUAUGGGCAUGUGGCUUCAGGCACCGGGCAGUGCAGGUGCAGAGAUGGAGGCUCCCAGGAAGGCAGCCUGUAGCAUGGAGGCCUCCGAACUCCUCCAGGGCUGCAGGGACUCAGCCGGGAUUUACACAUGCUCGUGGGCAUCUUAACAACUGUAUCAGACCAGUCAUCUGCCAGGGUGAGAUGGGGCUGAGGAUUGGUUGGUCUCACACUGCAGGGGGCACCAUGCUAGAAGGAGGGAAACCCUGGGCCUAGGUGAGGGCACAGGGAGUAUACCAUGUUCCUGCCUGACCUACACAGCCAUGAGAGUACCCACACAGCUCCUUCCAGGUAGAAGAGAAGCCAGCAGAGACCCCCUCACUGGGGCAUGCAUGUCAUCACCUGCCCUCCCUCAGGGGGCUGAUGCACUCCAUGGAGAAAUGCUCUGGAAUUCCAGUGACCACAGCUGGCACUUGAGUGCUCCCUGUGCCAACGGUCCUGCCUGCAUGAAAUCUCACAUUCACACACUUCUGACUUUCAGCUGUGGGGAAACAGAGACCCAGGCUUGCAGAGCUGGGAUGCUGCUUCAGAGCUCAACGCUGCUCCCUGUUUCUCUUUGGUGCUUUUGAAUAUUCAUUAUGACUCUGAACACAAAUGUAGGGUUCAGGGGAACCAAGCUCCCUGUGCAGUCAGAAAUUUAACUGGUAGGUACACUCAGUUGAGAGGACACCUUACCAUGCACAAGAAACAGGGUUUAGGCCCCUGGUCCCUACCUGCAGGGGAGAAGCUUCACAAGAGGUGAAGCAGUGCUGCAGAUGCCUCUCUUUCCUUCUUUAUCUCCCCUUCUAUCUCAGUUUCUCUCUGUAUCUAAUAAAUAAAU